AAAAAUAUGUUACGUUAUAUAUAUGUUAUGUUAUUGUUAUUAUUAUUGUUUCUUUGUUUCUGUACAAAAUGGUCUUCUUAUAUAGUACUCACUGUCCGCAUGUUUCCCGAAGUCCUCAACUUUAGUGCGCCUUGGCGUUCAUCUUGUCCUUGCUGCGCAUCCUUGUUCCGUCUUACUAAAUGAUGCUGUAUGUUUAGCGCUGUAUCGGUAUUCUGACAGCGGUGAAGACUUAGAUCCUCUCCUCACAAGAGGGUAGUAGGUUUGAAUCCAAUACGGUGCAAAAAGCAUCUUAACUUACGACUCCGGUCAAGAAAAACUUUAUACGAGAAACACCCAAAAUGACAGAGUUCUUACAGAAGUGCACUAUGUUAAUCAUACUACUCUGUUUAAGUGGGUGGACCUUGGCUGGGUAUCAUCAAGAAAGUUCUAGACUUGAUAAAGGCCGUGCCAAUGUUGAUGCAUUAAGGGUUAUGAUAGGAGAUGAGGAAUAUGAUGAUUCUGAGACCAGCGGUAUAACUGACUGGAAUAUACCUCUUAGUUAUUACGAUAAGGAUGUGAACGGUAUUUUAACUCUAGUUAAUCAUAAAGAUGAGACAACUAGUAGUUUGAAUAAGAGGCUUGAAAUGAGAGCUCGCUGUUUUCGCUCUAAUACAAAGAAGUCACUCAUGGGGGCGAACAGAGUUAGUGUUUAUCAGGAUGAAAACGCAACGAACAUAAGUGCGACCAAAAGUAAUCAAAGAAGAGCUGGUGGCAAUUGGUUCUUUGACAGAUUCCCUACUUGGGGUGAAGAGCCCAAUCAGAAUUGGUGGUAUGCUUUCUCGCAGCAAGCAUUAUCAAACGUGUUUGGUAGGCUGUUUGAUAGAUGGGCUAAUAAAGUAACCAAAAAUGGAGCUAGUAAAAAUUGUUUCGAUGAGAUAGCUACUUGGAUACAGAAUGAUUUUAAGGUGUCCUUCCAAAUUCGUGCAAAUGGAAAUUGUGGUACUAAUGCCCAAAGUCAAACUAUCUAUGACGCCCUAUACGAUAUAAUCUCUUUUUGGAAAUACAAGAACUAUAGGAAGGGGUGUGCAGUCAUGGACCACGGAGGAGAUGGUAGGUAUGAGAUAACAAUGUCGGCUUCGUCUCAGCCUGCAUAUGAGGUUGUCUGCAACAACAAGAAGUUCUUUGCUUGCAAAGCCAAUGAAGACGGUUACCCUAGUUGCGAGCAAACCCACUCUAUUCACGAUGAAAUAUAAACUUCUAAGGUGUCAUGAUCGGGAAUUGUGGUAACGUCCUACAAAAAAACUCAAGGAAAAAUGACUCGUGAUGCUAUAGAGAAGUAUUGAUGGACAUAUUUUAACUUUGUAUCGUCUUAACAAUUUAUAUCGAUUUCAUCAUUAGUUGUUACUUCCUUCGCCAAAGAUGGAUAGUAUGUAUUGC